UAAACUGUGAUGGUGGAUUGAUAAGGGCCGAAUUUCUAUCGGCCUCUUUUUAUUGUGGGCACCGGGCGGGCUGACAGAGGUAAAUUGCUCUUUUAAUUAAAGCAAUGCACCAGGGGAAAUUGCUGUCUGAAUAUUGUCUCAGAGAUGGGGGCCAGUGACAGUUGCCUGGAAACUUCAAUCUGUCCACCCGCAUUUAUUCCAGAUCCCAGUUAUGAGAUAAAGUUUAAUAAAAAUCUUUUGCUGCGCCACCGCCGAAAUGAAACCCAAGCCUUUCUGAGCAUCUGAACACAAUGAGACAGGACCGCGGAGGAAACCUCAUGUUCAACAUGUAUCUCUCAGAUCCAACAGAAAAUCUGUUGAAAGAAAGCAAAGGAACAUCUUGGAGUCCAAUAAAUACCGGAGUGCAAAAAGGCAGCGGGCAGAUCCAGCUAUGGCAGUUUCUUCUGGAGCUCCUCUCGGACAGCAGCAACGUGUCGUGCAUCGCCUGGGAGGGCACCAACGGGGAGUUCAAGCUCAUCGACCCGGACGAGGUGGCCCGGCGCUGGGGGGAGCGGAAGAGCAAGCCCAACAUGAACUACGACAAGCUGAGCCGGGCGCUGCGCUACUACUACGACAAGAACAUCAUGACUAAAGUCCACGGCAAGAGAUACGCCUACAAGUUCGACUUCCAUGGCCUGGCGCAGGUGUGCCAGCCGUCCACCACGGAGCAGGCCAUCUACAAGUUCCAGGGGAACUUCUCCCCGAUCCCUUUCUCCGGCAUAUCCAAACUGAAUCUCGUCGCGCCCGGCGUGGGUCCCUCGGGUUUCUCCUACUGGCCCGGCUCCCCGCCGGCGGCCCUCUAUCACAGCCACAGCCUGCAGCCCACCGGGCCCUUCGGCACCGUGUCUCCGUCUCACAUCAGCUGCGUCAACAACAUCAACAGUCUGACCAACAUCAACAAUCACUACAACUGACUCCUGUUGCGCAUUCCAUGCCAGGCUUGGAAUAAAUGAAUAAACACGAACUGGUUUUUGUUUGCGCCCCAAAUGUUGAGUAAUUUCACCACGAUUUGGACAAGAUUUCUGAAAAACGACAUUUAUUUUAUUUCACUCAGCAAACCUGCCUUAUUCCACAACCAUCCAUCCCUUUGGACUGCAGUUUAUCCCGGUAUGUCGAUAAAUUGUUAAUUAGAAUCAAAAAUCAACAUUAGGUUCUAUUUUAUUUGAUUCUUCGAUUCGAUUAUAGAUGGCCCUUGUAGAUAUGAAGUAAAUAAUUUUAUAUAACUUGAAUCAAUCUGACCCUUUGUUCAGACUCCUGCGUAGAAACAACCAAGAUGUGUGUUAAAAAAACAAACAAAAACAAAAAGUGGUUUGGCUAUGUUUUAAAUCGUUUUUCACUCAGAUGUAAUGAAUAUUUAAUAAAUGAAUAAAUAUAGACAUUAGAAAAACCGUCUAUCAUUUUACACGCAUUACUUUUCUGCGCAAAAUGUCAUUAUAAAAAAAAUAUAUACAUAGAGAGAAAAUUUCUGAUAUCCACUCAACAAAUUCUGAAUUUCGGAAAUCAACAAACUUUUAUUUGUGACAAGGUGUUUCUUGAUAGAGAAUAUAGCGAUUAGAUGUUCCAAUAAAAUACUAACAGAGAUGUUUUCUCCUUUCUUCCUUUACAUUGUCUCUGUCUCAUCGAUCCUUCAGUCAUUGUGAUCGGUCAGGACGCCAACGACUCUUUCAGAUCCAAAAUGGAGGUUUAUUGUCCAUGAGCCAAUUCGGACGCCACGGGGAGACAUACAGUAUUUUUUUCAACUCACUCUACAGUGGGCAAAUGGUGCUUUUAUGAUUUCAAUAAAUAAAAUUAGGAAUGUGACUAACGUUGUUUUACCUUGGUCACAUUCAUAUUUAUCCAGAGUUGAAGGGUAACAGAACCAAAAAACAUAUAGAAUUGAAAUUUACAAUAAUAAUAAUAAAAAAAUGCCUAAGCUCUGAAUGACAGUUGCAAAUAUUUACAUUUAAGAUUCACAGAAAUAACUAAUGAUAGAGGGAAAAUCAUAUAUAGGUACAUCAGUUUGUGAAUCGGGAUAGCAAUUGAGAAUUUAAACUAUCUUAGACAGAAUAGGUGGGAAAUGAUUUGGUGUUUUCUUAACUGAGCUUCCAGAUGCUUUCCCUCCCUCUGAGAAUUCAAUUUUUUAACACUACUAUACUAGACCUCUGGCGCCACCUUGUGGUGAAGAAUCGGGAUUUUAGGAGUUGAAUUUGAGGUUCAAACUAGUAAGAAAAAAAAUGCCCUAUUGAUAAAUGACUGCUUGCUUAAAAAUCGCUCUAAACUAAAAAAUAUUUAUAGAAAUGUAAAAUUUUCUUUUCACCUGCAAAAAACAAACCAACAAACAGAAAAAAUUCUAGCAGUACUGUCAAGUAUUAUGUGUGAUGGAACAAUGACAUUAUUUAACCAGUCUGACGCUUUUCUUGUUUUAACUGAAUUCAUAUUAAAUAUCUUGUGACAACAGGCACAAUUCCAUUUAGUGGAAUUUGAAUUGAUUAAAAAAAAUUUAUUAAAAAAACAAAACAAAAAAAAAGAAAGAAAUGUAAAUAAAUAAAUGUACUUAUAAACAUUA